AUGGUGUUUGUAUUGGAUAGUCAGGCCUUAGACUUCCAUCCACUUCUAGCAACGGCACCCAUGCUUCCGGGAGUUCGUGUCAGGCUCCAACAACGUGGAAUCACAUACUUAACUCAGGUUUUCUCAAACAUAUUGGCUGAUCAAUUACCACGAUUACUUAUUCCGGAUGUAGAACAGAAGCUUAACAAUCACCAAGGUGUUAUCAGAAUAUCUCGAAUACGAAUCUCUAGAUUCCGUCGAGCAGAAAUUCAGUCGUUGACUCCCUCAUCACCUAAUAGAAUAUCAUGGACGAUGAGUAAUUUAGACUUAGGAUUGAUGGGAGAUUUAUCAGGAAACGUGAAUAUUGUUCUUCCCUUCAAUCUCACGGGACAGGCAGAAGUCAUUGCAGAAGGCCUAACUUUCCAUUUGGACAGCUCUAUGGAGAAAUCUCUGAAUGGAUCAGCACAUAUUCAAACGUUGUCUUGUAUGGCUACCAUCCGUAAUGUUCAGGUAAUUAACCAUAAUGGUGGAUUGUUUGGUUUGGCUGUGACUGUUUUCAAGCAAGGAGUUUCCGAUAAUGUCCGACAACUUCUACAGGGUUUAAUAUGCAAGAAGGUCCGAAAAUACUUGGAUGAAGAUCUCAACUCGAAGCUGAGUGAAGUCCAGAGCAAAUCUCGAUUGUCUGAAGCUGUGGAAUCGAACGCAAUUCGUGCCAUUCCAACGGUGAAUGGGAAAAAAAUUAAUAUCAUGAACUUGUUUGGAAAGGAUUUAUCGAAAGACUUCCUUAUCGACUUCCGACUGAAAGAUAGUCCUAUAUGUGACGCUAACAGCAUCGAAGUAUCUUCACUGGGAGAAAUAUCUUUAAAUGGCAUGGGUGGAACUCCAUUUGGUCCUGCAAUUAUGAAUUGGCCUCCCAUAAGUCAGCAGAAUGAUGAUUACAUGCUUCAACUGCUCAUAUCGGAUUACCUAGCAAAUUCACUGUUUUAUCAUGCAUAUAAGAAUCAUUUGAUUCAUAUACUGUUAACUGAAAAAACAGAAGGAGUUUCAUCAUUUCUGCGAACCAACUGUGACUCAUCCUUCUGCAUUUCGGAUAUUCUACCUCAGUUAGCUGAGAAUUAUCCGAAUUCCACUUUGGAGAUUGCUUUGUCAGCAACACGUGCUCCAGCUUUACUAUUCAGUGAGAAAAACGGAGGAGUUAUCUCGAUAAGUGUUGGAGCAGUUAUAAUAAUAUUCGUGAUAAAAGAUAACAGUAGAAAACAAGCCGCUGUGAUUGAUUUAGAUGCUGUUGCUGACGCUCACUUGAAUCUUCAGGCGAAUAAUGUUAGUGGAUCAGUUCAAUUAACCAAAUUCGAUUUGCAAAACAGAUUUAAUGGAGUUCAAAUAACAAAUGAUGAACUAGCUGAUAUUUCACUCUUAGUUUCGCAGUUAUUAGAAAACAUGUUUAAUGAGAUGUUAGUUAAUGGAUUUCCUCUUCCAAUCCCUCGAGUUAUUCAACUAUAUCGUAUAAAGUUAGACAUUCUAACAAGACGUAUCUAUAUACGAACAGAUAUAACGGUUGAUGAGAAACGUCUAUCCAAACUAGCAGCACAAACGCUUUUCAAUGGUCCAGGGUUCCGUACUGGCUUUCCUCAAAACCCAGUAUUUGCCCAACCAUUCACUACUAUGUCUCCAGACAUACAACCAGUACGAAGACCUUUUCCUGUAGCUCCUCACAGCCAUCCAAUGCGAGUUUUUUUCAGAGAAAUUAGAGUAUAA